AUGACUUCAUGGGCAAUUUCUCCAAGUUAUGAUGAACAUAAAGAACUAAUCGACAGUUAUACAAAAAGAUUUAUUAGAUUUUUAGAUUUAGAUGGAAUUGUUGAAGAAAGUAAGAAAGUUUCUGCUUUAAUAACUAAAUUACCUGAUCAUAUGAUUGAUAUUCUUGAAUUACAUAGUGAUUCAAAUACUACAUAUGAACAAACUUCUGAAAUAUUAGUUGCCAAUUUUGGUGGAAAGACUUCUAUCACAACCGCUGUUCAAAAAUUAAAAUAUUUUAAAUUGGAUUGGAGAGAAGAUAAAUUAAUAAAUAAAUAUCAGUAUAGUAGAAUAUCAAACAUAGUUUCUCACAGAGAUGAAAUACAUAGAAAAAUUACUUAUAAGGAAAAUUAUGCUUUAUUGGCUGAUUUAAUAAACGAUAUACAUUCUACAUAUAUUUCAAGUAAGAGAAAUAAAAAGAAAAAUGACUCACAUAAAAGAGGAAGUUUUAAAAAAAAGUUACACUGUAAUUAUUGUGGAUAUAAUAAUCAUUUAGAAAAAGAAUGUCUUAAAAAGCAAAAUCAAUCAAAUUCUAAUGAUAAGAAAGUUAAUUUAAUAAAAGAAUCUGAAAUCUCUCAUGGUAAACUUUUCAUAAUUAGUCUAACAAUAAAUAGUAAAUCUGUAACAACUUUAAUAGAUUCCGGAGCAACAAUUUGUUUAAUAAAGAAAAGUUUAUCUGAAAAACUGUAUAUGAGGAUAGAAAAAUCAACAUCAACUUUAAUUUAUGGCAGACAAAAUCAAAGUAAACUUAUUGGACGAGGGUAUUUUAUUUUAAAAUUUGGUUCAUUUAAUAUCCAAGAAAGAACUGAAAUCUGUAAUAAUUUAGCGAUGGACCCUAUUUAUGACUUCAUAUUAGGAACCACUUUAUUAGAAAAGCUUGGUAGAAAAAUAUUUAACUUUGAAGAAAACCAUAUCACUAUUAAAAAUGUUAAAAUUCCUUUAUUUAACAUAAUUGAACAAUAA